AUGAAUCUCAUUAAUGAAAAAAGGAUUCCAUUAUGCUGUGAAAUAUGUUUAAAAAAUGAAAAGGAUGUAUCUAAUGAAAUGAUAAAAAUUGCAGCUCACAAAUGGUUAUUUUCAUUAGGAAUAACUAUAACAUUAGGUAGACAUGAUCCUAAUAAGAUAAUUUGUGAAACUCUAAAUAAAUAUUGUGAUUAUAUAGUUAUUGAACCGGCUAUACCUAUAAAAAUAAUAAAAGAGUAUAAUGAAAAUUAUGAAAAUAAUAUGUAUGGAAAAUUAUCUACAACACAUUAUUCAAUUUAUGAAGUAAAUUCAUAUGACAAUUUAAACAAUAAUGAUAAUUUGAAAAAAAAUGAAGUUUAUACAUAUAAUUUAAUGGAAAAUCAAGUAAAUUCUGAUGAUAUCAAUAAUGAUAAAAGUAUAAUUCUAAAAAAACAAGAAAAUUUAAAUAGUUCUAGCAAUUUAGUUGGUUCCCUAUCUGUUUCCCCAAAUAUUGUUUACUCAUCACCAUUUUUUAACGAAAUAAAAAAAAAAGAGGAAUUAAAAAAUUCGUCUAAUUUAUUAUUUACUAUACCUGUUAUAGGUGAAAAAUCUAUAUCAUCGAUGGAAGAAGAUCCAAUAAUAUUACCAAAUUUUUGUUGCAUAGUAAAUGUAGUGACAUAUUAUAAAAAUGAUGAAUUAAUAGAAGAUCAAUUUAAUGAGGUUAGUGAAAAUGAAGAUGAAGAUAAAAAAAAUAUUCCCAUUUACUCACAAUAUAUAUUACCUCAUUUACGUUUUCAUAAAUUAUGGGAUAGUUUAUAUUAUGAAGAAAAUAUAAAAAAGGAUUUAUUAGAAUAUGUAUCUGCAUUAAUGUUAUUUACAACCAAAAAAAUUGAUUGUAAUUUAAUAAAUUAUAAUCAUCUUGUGUUGUUAUAUGGACCUCCAGGAACAGGAAAGACAUCUUUAUGUAAAGCAUUAGCUAAUAAAAUUUGCAUUCGUUUAUCUAAUAUAUAUACAACUGGUAUUUUGAUUGAACUAAACACGCAUACUUUAUUUUCAAAAUGGUAUAGUGAAUCAGGAAAGCAAGUUUUAAAAUUAUUUAAUAAGAUAAAAAAGAUAAUUAGUGAUUAUGAGGAAAAUGAUAUUUUUAUUUGCUUAUUAAUUGAUGAAGUAGAAAGUUUAUCUGCAGAUAGAAAAAGAUCAAUGGACAGCACAGAACCUUCGGAUAGUAUAAGGGUUGUUAAUACUUUAUUAACUCAAAUAGAUUCUUUAAAAUAUUAUCAUAAUACUUUAUUGUUAACGACCUCUAAUAUUUCAGAAAUGAUAGAUGAUGCUUUUAUUGAUAGAGUUGACUUAAAACAGUUCAUAGGUUUACCAAAUGAAGAAUGCCGAUAUGAGAUUUACAAAGACUGUAUAGAUGAAUUAGUAGAGAAAAAAAUAAUAUUUUUUACAUCAAAAAUGCCAAAUUAUCAAAGAAUUCAAAGAUUAUUGAAAAAUGAAAAAGACAAAAUAAAAGAGGAAUACAUUUAUGGAAAUGAAUUAUUAAAAUGCGCUAAAAUGAGUAAUGGGUUCAGUGGAAGAUGUUUAAGGAGAAUACCCUUUCAAGCUUAUGCCUAUUUUUGUCAAGCUACUUUGCGUUUUUACAACUCUACAAAUAAUAAUCAUCACAAUGUUUUAAUUCCUCUUGAAGAUUUUUUAAUAGCACUCCAAAAGGCUAUUCAAAAAGAAGUACUAAAUAAAAAUAAAUUGUUAGAACAAAAAGCAUAA